AUGUCAAUGGAUUCAAGGAUAAACUGUAUGAAGUGCGGAAAAAGUCAUACAGACGCGGAUAGCUGUCCAGCAAGAGGAAGAAAAUGUCUGAGGUGUGGUAAGGAUAACCAUUUUGCUCAGGUAUGUAAAACAAAUUUAAAUAAAAACAAUGUGAGGGAACUUAAARUUAAUACAGGUAAAGACAAGGCAUCUAGUGAAAGUGAAAAUGAAUAUUUUUGUGAUUCAAUAACCAAAACAAAUAGAAAAAUUAAUCAUAUAACUUGGGUAGAGAACGUUCUAAUUGAAGAUAAAUUACUAAUAAAAUUUAAACUAGACCUGGGUUCUACAUCAGUGACUCAUUCUCAUGAACAACAUACUGUACAGAUUCCAGGACCACCUCCAAAAAGACAAAAACAAUUGACACUUAUGAAUAGGUUUAGCUUACCACCUGAAAGUAAAGUGGACCARUUUUACAAAGCUGUUGUUCAAAUGAUUGCWGAAGACAUGCAACCAUUAUCAAUUGUAGAAAACAGUGGAUUUCAAAAACUUAUUAACCUACUUGAUUCACGUUAUAAGUUGCCUAGUCGCAAACUCAUUGGAACAACGCUUAUACCAAAUUUGUAUGAAUCAACUAGACAUAAGAUUGAAACUAUUUUGUCUCAAGCAAAAUAUGUAUCACUUACAUCAGACGUUUGGACUUCAUUGAAUACAAUAUCAUUUAUAACUGUGACUGUGAAUUUUUUUGACAUUGAUUUAAAUUUAAAAACAUACGUAUUAACCACCAGAAAACUAGAAUCUAAUCAUACAGCACAGUAUUUAUCUGAAGUACUUACAGAUGCAGCAAUAAGACUCCUUGGACUUAAUCAUAUCCCAUGUGCUGCUCAUAAGUYAAAUAAUGCUGUAAAAAAUGCAUUAAAAAGUGAUUUCGAUGAAAGUGACAUUGAAACCGACCACACCGAAGAAGUAGAAAUGAUGAAGCUGGUUAAAAUGUGUCGUUCUAUUGUUGGGCAUUUUAAGCACAGUGAGGUAUCAACCAGGGCUCUUAAUGAGAAACAAAAACAACUUAAUUCUCCAAUUCUUAAGUUAAAACAAGACAUGCCAAUUCGUUGGAAUAGUACACUAACAAUGAUGGAACGUUUGUUAAUAGUCAAAGAACCUUUGAUGCUGGUUUCAAUGAGCUUAUCAAGAUGUCCAAAAAUKCCAUCAAAUGACCAAUGGGAAAGUAUAAACGAUUUUGUUAUACUUUUAAAACCAUUUGAAAGCUUAACUAUACAAAUAUCCUCAGAACAACGACCAACCUUAGCAAAAGUUAUUCCAUUAUUAAGAG